AUGUUUGUUCAGGCCAUCACUCUCGCUUCUCUGGCUCUUGGAGCUGCGGCACAGUCCGUCACCGCUUCGGCAUCUAUGACCGCUGCCGGCGAAGCCCAGACGACCAUCACUGGCAUUGUUGGCGAGUACACUACGGGAUUUGCUGCCUCUGUCGUUUCCGCAAAUGGCUGUGACACUACGCUCGCCAUGCAGUGCACCGACACCGACAACUACCUGUGUUCUCUGGCAUCCGACGUAACUAUCUCCGUCACCCAAGGACCCACUGCUUACGAAGUCCUGUACUCGACGUCUACUCUAGGCGGAGAGGUGACUCUUUCUCAGAGCUGCGACCUGCACGGUCCAGCCUCUUCAGUCUCCGAAAUCGUCUGCACGGCCUCUAUCAUGGUGUCCGUCUACGGCUCAAGCACUGCCACCAAGACGACUGAUACUCUCACUCGCUCCGACGAGUUCAACUACGCUCAGAUCCCCAUCACCGCUGGUGCUUCGAACCUUCCAUCUGGCUCUGCGACCUGCACGUCUUCUGAUAGCGGGGCUGCUCCCACUGGCAUCACUCAGGUCUACAAGGUCAUAGUUCCUGUUGGAGCUGCUAUCAUGGCUGGUGCUGCUUUUAUGUAA